GUGUGUUGAGUAGGAGAAGACAGUGACGAUGUGUGUUACACCCCAAGGACACCUUAUGUGACUGUGUUGUGUGAGCUGUGUGCUAGUGUUGCCUAUGGCACUCGCCUCUACUACUGCUCCUGCUGCUUCUACUUCAGCAGCUAACUGGAAAGUGAGGAACGUUACGCUGCGACUUGCCCUUACCCCACCACCUGCCCCUACCUCACUUGCUUCUUUCCUCAGUGCCGGAGAGCCUCACACCCCGCCCCCCCAUGCCCACACCCGCGCCGCCUCGUCAAGAAGAGCGCCCUCGCCCCACGCCCACACUAAUAGGCUAAACAUGGCGUGAAUGAAGAAGAUAACGGCGAGGAAGGUGAGGAGUGAGGGGCGAGUGGCGCAGUGUGGUGAGCGAGAGGUGCGAAGUGAGGGGCAAGAGUGGCGAGUUGAGAGGCGGGUGGUGGAGGGCACGGGAAGGUGUGGUGUGUGUACGGGCGCUGGGCAGCACGUAGCAGCCCUGGGCGUGCAGUGUCACCGCAGGGCGGGACCCCGGCUGAUGGUGAGACAGGCUCUGUGUGAUGGUGAGGCAGUGGUAGCGCGUGUGAUGGUGAGCCAGUGCUGCCACGCGCGGUGAACAGGUCGUGGCCGUCGUGUGAGACCCGGGCUGUAGGAGCGGCAUGUCGUGCUCGUGGUGCAUUGCCCCGGAACCAACCCGGGAGCCAUGGUCGCCGCCGCGGUGACUAGUGCAUCCCGGACAUGAACUGAACCGCGUGUCGUCACAGGACGCGUGGGUGUGAGGGCCCCUAGGCACGGGCCCCAGGGACACCCCCCGGCCGCCCCCAGGGGCCCCGGACCUGCUCGCCCACACCGGCUGGGCGGCUCAGGGGCGGGGGGCGGCCAUGAAUGGGCGGGUGUUGCAUCAGGAGGAAGUGGUACGCGUCCACUUGGCGACAACCACGACCACGACGGCCGCCUGCAGCACCUCUAAUAACGGUCCGCCGCCGCCGCCGCGCCGCGUCCUCCUGCUAGACCAGCGCGGCGGCCGCAUCGCCGGACCACUCAGGGCCGAAGCCGGCGGUGAGUUCACCUUCGAACUCAUCGAGAAUUACCCAAGUCUCGGGCUGUCGGCGGUGCAGGACGGGUCAGGGACCAUCAUCAACUGGCGCGGGAUGCGGGGCACCAACCGGUUGCAGCGCUCCAGCCGCAGAGAGAAGGACCGUCUCGAGUCGGACUCGAGCAGAUCGCCCCGCUCGCGGCCCUCCGUCCUCGACCCUUACUUGCCUACCUUUCAGCACCUGCUCUGUGACCUUGACCUUGUUGCUUCGUCGCUUCACCUCAAGAACUACCCUGUGUGCGAGAAUGACCUCUACGAUGUGAACAUGUCAGUGCCGCCUCCAAAUGGCGGCGUCGAAGAAGACCGUGAUCGCACCGAGACCCGCGGCCCCCUGCCUCCUGGGCCGCAGAUCACGGACCACCAGGCCCGGGCUGCACUCUUGGCCCACGUGGCCGACCGCUGCUGUUGGGGAUCCGGCGCUGCCAAGAAGAUGGCCAUCGCCAAGAUAAGCUACGACUCCGCUUUUCACUAUGAGCUGCAGACCUUCACGGAGAAGCGGGAGACAUCGUGGGCUUUCACCCCUUAUGGAGGUGGUGACGUCGACGGACCUUCCAACGGCGCCGCUCCGCUGCCCUGGGACGUGGAGGCUCAGCCGGCACACCUCUUCCACGACGAGGUCAAGGUGGUCCAGGUCCCUCACACCGCCUCGGUCAAGGAAUGCCACCGCUGCAAAGGCACUGGGUCCCUCCAGUGCUCUGAGUGCCACGGCAAGGGCUGGACGCGCUGCCUCUCCUGUCACGGCGACGGCUGGUACACAGACUCAUCGGGGUACAAGGAACGCUGCUUCUACUGCCAGUCCUCCACCCACGGUCACGGCCGCCAGGAUUGCCUAAAGUGCAAUGCCAAGGGUCGUGUUGCCUGCCCCCCUUGUGACAGCUAUGGCCAGAUCCGCUGUUUCAUCCGCCUCACUAUCACAUGGAAAGUGAAUACAUCUGAACACAUUGUAAGGAAGGGUGGCCUGCCUGAGGCACUGGUAAAAGAAGUAUCAGGUCAGGUGGCCUUUGAAGAGGAAGGAACCCGCAUAUUUCCCCUGACACAGUUUCCAGACAACACCAUUAAUCUGGCUUCUGCACAGCUUGUCAACAACCACAAGAAUGCUUUUCACGAUGAGCGCAUAUAUGCACAGAGACAUCAAGUGCGCAUUGUGCCUGUGGCGGAGGUGGAAUACGGGUUUAAAGGUGGUCCUGGCAAGUUUUGGGUAUAUGGUUAUGAGAAUAAAGUUCACUGUCCUGAUUACCCGCACACCUGCUGCUGGGGAUGCUGCUGCGUAAUGUAGUGCUUGAAGCAAUGGUUUCAAGCUGCUUCUCUUCCAGACUCCUUGUUUAUA